GGGGUCUGGCACAGACGGGAACAGGCAGUGAUCUCUGGAUCUGGAGGAGAGCAGCAGAGAGGGAGACACAGGCUGCACCCGUCCGUCCAUCCUCACUACCUGCACCGUGUGAUCGCUAUCAGUGUUCUGUGCUGCGAUGUUGAUCCUGGACGUUUUGUCCCCGCUGCUCCUCCUCUCCAUCGUGUUGCCGGGCUACGGUUGCUGGGCGGCGGACAUUCCGGAGGACACCACAGCAGAGUUCUCGGUCCGACUGUACCACCAGCUUCAGGUGGCGGGGGGACAGGAGAACAUCAUCUUUUCCCCGCUGAGCGUGGCUGUGGCCAUGGGCAUGGUGGAGCUGGGGGCCAGAGGGGCUUCGCUGGAGGAGAUACGACAGGCUGUAGGAUUCAGCCACCUGCUGCCAGGUGUGGAGUUUUCUUUGCUCCAGAACCUCACGGCGGCGCUGCUGGACGAUGACGCCCACUACAUGAUCCGAUUUGCCAACAGCCUCUUCCUGCAGGAGGGCAUCACUUUUAACCCGGAGUUCCUGCACCUGAUGAGGAAGUAUUUCCGUGCUGACGUGGAAACGGUCGACUUCGGCGAAUCAGCAGCCGUGGCCGAUCAGAUCAACAGCUGGGUGGAAAAUCAUACUGAGAGUCAGAUCCGCGAGCUGCUGUCAGCCGAAGACUUCAGCAGCGUGACCCGUCUGACCCUGGUGAACGCCAUCUACUUCAGAGGCUCCUGGAAAAACCAGUUCAGACCGGAGAACACCAGAACCUUCUCCUUCAGCAAAGACGACGGCUCCGAAGUCCAGACGCUCAUGAUGUACCAACAGGGUGACUUCUACUACGGUGAGUUCAGCGAUGGCUCGCAGGAGGCUGGUGGUGUGUACCAGGUUCUCGAGAUGCCCUAUGAAGGAGAGGACAUGUCCAUGAUGAUCGUCCUGCCUCGACAGGAGGUGCCGCUGGCCACACUGGAGCCAAUCAUCAAAGCAUCGCUGCUGGAGGAGUGGGCGAACAACGUCAAGCGGCAGAAGGUGGAAGUUUACCUGCCUAGGUUCAAAGUGGAGCAGAAGAUUGACCUGAGGAGCACUCUGCAGGAGCUGGGAAUAAAGAAAAUCUUCACCAGCGACGCUGAUCUCUCCGCCAUGACAGAUGGUAAAGACCUGUACAUUGGGAAGGCAGUGCAGAAGGCCUACCUGGAGGUGACUGAGGAGGGGGCUGAGGGAGCUGUGGGCUCAGGAAUGAUCGCCCUGACCAGGACUCUGGUGCUGUACCCGCAGGUCAUGGCUGAUCACCCAUUCUUCUUUGUCAUCAGGAAUAGAAAGACAGGGUCCAUCCUCUUCAUGGGCAGGGUCAUGACCCCGGAAGUCAUCGGGCUCAAUGACAACGACUUUGACUCCAUGUAACCACGAUUGUGAGGUCACUCAAUCUCAGCCAGUCUGACGUCAUAAAUGCUACCUAUUCUCUUUCACCAUCUUCAGCUGUGUUUUAUACUCUUUAAGGAAAAAAAACAUAUAUAUAUAGAUAUAUAUAUAUAUAAACUGGAUAUUACAUGAUAUAUUAUAUAUUGAAAUAUGACAUACGACAUAAUGAUGUGAUUGUGUUUUGCUACUGGAAGCUUUAAACUCUUGGACACAGACGUGCAGAAAGGGAGGGUUGUAAAUAUUCUCUGGUGAUGGGUGGUUCGUACAUGAGCCAGAAGAACACAUGAUAUGAAAUCCACGCACAACCCCUUUAAGUUCAGCAGCUUCUUACUCACCUGCGCCCACACAGCCAACGCACAACUUACUCUGUUCUCCUUAAAUACAAUGUACUUAUUCCUACUGCAGAUACAGUAUGCGCACACUGUACGUUUCACACUUUAAUUACAUCCCUGUACAUUCUGUUCUAUACACACACACACAAACACACACACACAUUCAGUAUAUAUAUAUAAAGGCUCAGUAUUUAUUGGCGAGUACACAUGUGCAAACAUUUUGUCCUUAUUCGCUGAAUCUUAGUAAUAUAUCUGUUGCAGACAGUAUUCUAGUUUUACCCGAUAGGCACAUGGCUGAACUGCUGAUGAACUAAUAUGCCUUAUCACAUCGGAGUGGUUGAUUAGGCCCCAGCUGGGCAUCUCACAGGUGAGCAAAAGAGACUGUAACUAAGGCGGGUUGCUAUGGAGACAGCCUGGAGCAUGCAGACAACAUGGGGGAAAAGAUCUGCUGCACCUUUUUUGUGAUGUACAUACAGGGAGAACCAGUAACACCAGCUGUAUUCAGACUUUUACUCAAUUAUUAAAAAGAUGAAUGUGUUCCCAUUAA